AUGAUUUGCAAAAAUGCCAACCGUUUAGCCAACGAGGAGCGUCUCGUCUCGGUCAAGGGUCGAAACGGCCGAUAUCGUGACCGCUCCACAUUGGUUGACGAGGGGGGUUAUAGUGUGACAAUAUGCGACAAUCCGAUCGCUAGUGCCGCGCCAACGCCUUGCUUGGAGUUCGCCGAAAUAGCCAAAAGCCUUGGCGCCUGGGACUCUGUGAGGGCUAAAUGCGCCUUCUGCCAGUGUCGGGGCUGUUGCCAGUGCGUGAAGGGUGCCUACCAGCUCAGGGCCGAGAGCACAGAGCAGAGGCGUCGCUCCAUGCGUGAGUUCGACCGCCGCGUGAAGGCGGACUACAAACCAAUGAGGAUUAUGUACAAC